GUAGUAUCUCUGUUCUUCUCCUGGGAAUGGGAUGUGCUGGUGGCCCCGCAGCUGCUGUCUGACCUGAGCUGCAGCAUGGUUGCACCGAUCUGGCACAGUUCUAAGAGCUGCUGUUGUGCCAGGAGGCUGACAAAAGUAAAGCCAGGCAAGAUAAGAUAAGCAAAAACACAGACAGGCCUAAAGUUGCCAAGAUGGUAACAUCUGUAAAUGCCUCUUCACUCAGAAGAGGUAGAAGCAUGAAGAGCCCUGCCCUGGCUUGGGGUGCCGGCAGCAGGGAGGGAGCAGUGCGGAAUGUACUCAAGAACCCGGUGCUUGGUGCUCGGCCCUCGCACAGGUGCGGGCGGUUCGGAGCAGGGAGAAGGGAAGGCAGGCAGGCAGCGAGCGAGGCGGCGGCCGUGCUGCUCAGCCACCAGCGCUUGGCCCGAGGUGAGCGGGGUUAAUGAGAGGCAGCGUCCUGCACUGCAGGAAAGCCGGGCUGCGGGAACAGCCGUGCUCCCGUGCUGGCGGGAGGAGGACCUUGUGGGGAAAUUGUGACCGAAGCGCAAACAACUCUUCAUUAAUGUGAAACUUGGCACCGCCCAGCUCUUACCCCUAACAGGGGUACCGACAGCCAGCAAAUCGCUGCGCGAUUUGGCUUCUCCUAUUAAAGCACGAGGCGCUGCGUAGUCCCGCAGCACGCCGAGGACUGUCCCUAUCGGCACCCCGCACGCCGUCCCCCGCCCACACAGCGGCCCGGCAGCUCAUCACCUGCUCACAAUUAACUCGCGCCGUCGCAGCGCGGCUGUAGCUUUAAAACGGGCGGAGGAGAGUGGUACCAGGCCCGGCCCUGCCGCACAGCCCUCGCUGCCAGCCCGCCAUGGGGAGCCGCGCGAUCCUCGUCUUCCUCACCCUCCUCUCCCUCGCCGCCGCCCGCCGCAAGCUGCUGCUCUUCCUUCUCGAUGGUUUCCGCUUCGACUACAUUGACGACGCGGAGCUGGAGUCCCUGCCGGGCUUUCGGGACAUCAUCGGCAUGGGGGUGAAGGUGGACUACAUGACCCCCGACUUCCCCAGCCUCUCCUACCCCAACUACUACACGCUGAUGACGGGUCGCCACUGUGAGGUUCAUCAGAUGACUGGAAACUACAUGUGGGACCCAAAGAUGAAUGUAUCUUUUGAUAUUGGUGUGAAUAAAGAAAGCCUCCUACCUCUCUGGUGGAAUGGAUCGGAGCCUUUGUGGGUCACAAUGAUGAAAGAAAAGAAGAACGUUUUCAUGUACUACUGGCCAGGUUGUGAGGUUGAAAUCCUUGGAGUCAGACCAAGUUAUUGCCGCGAAUACUUCAGUGUCCCAACAGACCAAAACUUUGCGGAUGCUAUCAGCGAUGCUCUCGAGGCUCUCCGUAAUGGCAGUGCUGAAAUGGCAGCGGUGUACUACGAGCGCAUUGACGUGGAAGGCCACCACUAUGGCCCCUGGUCCGAGCAGCGGAAGAGUGCUCUGAAGGAGGUGGACAAAGCCUUGAGCAACAUGAUUGCACAGAUUAAGAACAAGGGCCUUCAGCAUGAUGUCAAUGUCCUCCUCUUCUCUGAUCACGGAAUGACAGACAUCUCUUGGACAGACAAAGUGAUUGAGCUGAAAAACUACAUCAAUAUGAGUGAUACAAUACAAAUGAAGGACCGAGGUCCUGUUGUGAGCCUUUGGCCAGUUCCAGAGAAGCACACGGAGAUAUAUGAAAAAUUGAAAGCUGCGGAACACAUGGAUGUUUACAACAUACAGGAUAUUCCAGAGAGGUUUUUCUACAAAAAAGGAAGAUUUGUCUCUCCUCUAACUCUUGUGGCUGAGAAGGGAUGGUUCAUAGUAGAGAGCAGGGACAAGCUGCCCUUCUGGGAGAAUGGCACAGGGAAGAGAGAGGCCUGGCAGAACGGCUGGCAUGGCUACGACAAUGAGCUGAUGGAGAUGAGGGGCAUCUUCCUCGCGUAUGGGCCAGAUUUCAGAUCCAACUACCGCGCGCCUCCCAUCAGGUCCGUGGAUAUUUACAACGUCAUGUGCAGCCUGGCAGGAGUGCAGCCACUGCCAAACAAUGGCUCCUGGUCCAGGGUGGAAUGCAUGCUGAAGAACACGGCUGUCCGCGUGCCACUCUGCACACGGAGCAGCUGUGUGCUGGCACUGACUCUGCUCUCGUUCUUCUGGGUACUGUGAUUCCCCAAACAAUGUCAGUCAGUGUUGCCAGCAACUUGAUUCUUCUUUUUUUUUUUUCUUCUUCUUCCUUUUUUUUUUCCCCCUGAAAUUCUUCAUUUGAAUAAUAGCUUCCUUACUAGCGUGCUGUCCCCAUCCAUCUGCUGUGCUGCACCAGGCAUGAAUCUGACCCAUCCGGCUUUUACACCAGUUGUAACGCAGAGCCAGGUUGUGUGCUGCUCUAAACACAGCCAGAAAAGCCGGUGUUGCUGCUCUGAAUUUACAGCACUGGUGAUGGGAGCAGGAUUCAGACCAGCUAUCAGCAACAUUUUCUGGUGGGUGUGUAUGGACACUCCUGGACAUCAGACUCAUCUUACCCUGCAUGUUUAAUGGAGAGGCUGACCCCGGCUGCAGGUAGUAGGAAGCUCAGGGCUAGAGACAGACGUCCGUGCAUUAAUCUGCACUCUUUCUGGUUUGUUCUUUACCUCCAGCAGACCCCCACCUUCUCCUCACAAUGCCAGCCAGGCCCAGUCUAAACAGAUCAAAGAGCCAUGCUCUUUGCUGAGCUAAGUGCCAACAAAGGUGGAUCAGGAGGAGAGCAGUGUGAGAGCAUCUUACCUCUCUUAGCUUUUCCUUCUUCACUUUCCCCUGAAGUGAGCCCUGGCACUGCAUGCCCACAGGACAGGGAUUGCAUCAGGGAGUGCAGCUGGAGCAGGGGAUGGAGAGGGAGAAAAGUGAUGGAAAUCCUCCACAUCAAAAAGAGGAAGAACUUGAAAUGGCACCUGGACACAUAGCGUUCAAGGAGAAAGUACCGUGAGGAAGCCUGCCACUUAGCAGCCUCUCUAUUUUCUUUGGUGAAGAUGAUAUCCACUUGCUUAGAUGUUGUUUUUUUUUUUUUCUUCAACCCUAUUGUGUGUCUGAAGAUUUUUUACACCUAGUGCUUUUCUACCAGCUCCUGCUCUCCGCCAUUAAAGCACUGUGGUGGGCUGCACACUCCCCUGCUAUUUUUCUUUAGAGGUGGUGUUCUGCAUCAGGGAGAGGGGUUUAUGCAGAUGCAUCUCUUCCCAUCUCUCCCUCAAUUAAUCCUGGCUACUAUUCCUACCUGGGAUUACCAAGCCCAAAGAAAGUUGUAACGGUCAAGUUAAAUACAGCAGGAGAGCAUGGGGCUGCUCUCAGAGGUAGUGCACCUGAAGGGCAAGUAAAAUGGAUGAUGUAAUCCUGAAAACAUCAACACAGCAGGUGCAGUAAAUCCCUUGAAAAAACAGCUUGCGCCUGCUCUUUCACUCCAGUGCAGCCAUGGAUCUACCCUGGGGCAGUGCUCAGCACAGGGCUGGCAGCAAACCCAGCAGCACAGCUCUGUGAGCUCAGAAGAUUAAAGCCACCGAAUUGUUAAAUCGUCCACUUGUCACAGCCCUCGGUGUUAAACAUGGGAUGUAUUCAUACCACGAUGGGUCAUUAGAGAGGUGGUCUUUUCGCAUCAUUAAAUUUCUGCUGUGAAAUUAGCCACUCUAGAACAGAGCCGCGAGGGUCUGACCCUGAAAAGUGUCCUUUCCUCCUUGGGAGGCUGUGGUCUUCCGCAGUGUCCUUAGACGGGCUCAGUGCUUCUCUGAAAUACCUCUGAACCAAGAGAUUUCAAUGAAAAACUGCCUUGGGAUUUAGAUCUCUCCUUGUGCAAAAUAGACCUCUAAGGCUUGUUAUUCAUAUGGAUCCAGAGUCAAGCACCAUUCUGGUACAGUGAGUUUAAGGGUGAAUGAUUACACUAUGAAAAAAAAAAGCACAACAAAUUAAACUUGACAAAAGACUUCUGUAAUAGCUAUAAAGAUUUAUGUAAUGUGUUUUUUAAAGCUCAAGUGAACCAUCAAAUCAAUUGGGAAAAAAAAGGGAGAAAAUCAGUCUUUGUUAUUAGACUGUUGAGUAUAAAAGGCAAUUUAGUGCUUUCUAAGCAUUUGCAGUAGCUGUAAAACAAGCAUCCAGUGUUCAGAGUUCCCUGUUGCUCUUUAAUGAACCAGGCUCAAUGAAUUCACUGGAGCACAUUUUUAAAGUGAGAAAAUGAUCAGCACACACAAGAUAACCAAACGACAGAAUGGGAAAGUUCUGCUGGAAAACCAACAGGAUACAUACAGCGCAUGCGAAUCCUUUCAGUCUGCAGUUUUGACUCCUGCGAUAAAAAUAGUCCAAUAUCCUCUUACAGAAAAACACAGCAAUAUUCUGAUACUCCGUUAUCCAAGUGUGAAUAAGAAAUAAGGGCAGGUCCAUUGCGCUGUCCCAGGGAUGGGCUGUGACACAUGAAACCAAUACUGUGAGUACUUUGUGUAACUCUCAUUUGUCCCAGUGGCCAUACGUGGUGUCUGUCCAUCAUGCAAACAGUGCAGAAUAAAUAUCCUAACUGUAGCAUGAGGUGUUUGACCUUAAUGCAAGGGUUGUGUAUACGGCAGUACACCUCAAAAUAUACUUGAUCUGUAACAGAGAAAUUGGGUGACAGACCUACUAGAAGCUCAUUAGCUUCAGGAGUACUACGGUUGGUUAUACUGGAGAAGCGUGUCUUUCUUCCUCCAAAAUUUUGUAUCUCUGAAUCAGUUCACAUUCUCAUUCAGUGUCUUUAGCCUAUUUUUCUGUACACUAUGCAACUGAGGCGGGUGUAUUUCUGAAUGGUGUUUUUGUACAACGACUGAUUGUGAAUGAGUGAAUAACUCUAAGAAUGCUCUUAUAAAAAAUACGCAUCUUUUUGUAAAUACUGUAAGAUUUUUGAAAAAAGAAACAACCUUAACACCUUGCCUUUCUUGUUUGAUUGCUGCAUCAAUGUGUGAUAAGCAGUGUUUGAAGCUUUUGCUGAUUAAUCAUCAGAAAGAUGAAUGAUAACAUUGUUUAGAAAUGGCAAAGUUGUCAGCAUUUGAAUUAGGGACAUUAAAUACAUCUCAUGAGCUACUGUA